UAUUUUGAUUUGACACCCUCUUGUUUACUCUUGAGAAAGAUGGCCACCACCAUCAUGAACCGACUUUUCAAUAUUCCCAGCUUAAUUUGUCAAAAUGCUGCUCAACUACUUAAAAACGGGGCAAAUAACGCAGUGAAACUUGACCAGCCGGUUAGAAAUAAUUGGACUGAUUGGAGAAUGAUCAAGGAUAACAAGCGUCGAAAAUUACUAGUCCAACAUGCACCUGAUCGUCUUCGUAUGCAAGCAAUUAAAAAGAACGACAUUUUGCCAGCUGAAAUUAUUGAAAUCGGACAAAAGAUGCUUGAACAACUUCCCCGAGACUCCGGUAUAACUCGCGUCCGCAACCGCUGCGCCAUCACAUCCCGACCAAGAGGCAUCGUCACACGAUGGAGAUUGAGCAGAAUUGUCUGGCGUAGUUUGGCGGAUUACAACAAACUAUCUGGGGUUCAGCGAGCAAUGUGGUGAUCACGCAACAUGAGUGUAAUUCUAGAAAAAGUUCAAACAAAACAAUAAAUCUCUUUAAUAGUC